AUGUACAGCCAGCAUGACGAGCGAAGCAGUACGGCUCGAACAUCCGCAACAGCAGCAGCAGCAGCAGGCUCGACGGCACAACGCAACUAUCAGCUCCAUGGUUACGAUGGUAGUGCCCGCGGCCAUCAUCAUCAUCAUCAUCAGCACGCCCGGCAUCUGGACGGAUACGGUGGUUCCAUCUCCACACCAUCGUCAUCGUUGGAAAAUCAAAGAUCGCUCGAACACAGCACAGCCAGCACGGCCACUGCCACGACCACGAGUCUGUUCGGGGAUCCGGUGCUACCGGCGACCCGUCACACCGAUCUGCUCGGUGGUGAGGAUCUGUACCAGAAUCUGAAGCACAACAUCGAACAGUACCAUGCGAAGCUGUACAGCGAGCAGGAGAAGCAACGGCAAGCGGAACGGGAUGCGCUGUUCGAUCGCUACGCCAGCCGACCGCUUGAAGGUGGUGCGGGGGGUUAUCAUCGUGCCGUGUCUGCCGUUGGUCAUGCCGAUCCGACCCCGAUGGGCGAUGCAGGUGGGAGUGCUUCGGUUUACGGGGCAUUGCCGGCGCGAAGCCGUAGCUUCGCCAGGACGCAAUCCGCCGGGCUAGCCGCCGAUAUCAAUGGAAACAGAUCAAACCUGCUGGAUCUGGAUCUGCUAAAAAAGAACGAUUGGAUCGAUUUCACCGAGCACGAGUACCAGCACAGCCUCAUUCCAACCAACAGUCGUACGGUGGCCGAUGUGCAACAGUUGGCGAGCGGCAUCAUGAGCCGUCGCAUCGAGAAUGGUGUCUUCCAGAAUCCGCGCGCUGCGGCCGCUGCCCGUACCCUGCGCCGUAGCUCCACCACCGAUUCCAGCCUCUACGGCAUGGCGGGAGGCCCCGGGACCGGUACGUUCGAUGAACGAGCCACGUUCACCGUGCUGGGCCAUGGUGUAGGGCCGUACGAUGAGGGAGGGCACGCCGUUUCUACGUCGAAUAGUGAAACGAACAGCGAGUACGAGCGGAUGUUACGGUACGGCCGGACCGACCCUUCGACUGCCAUCAUUAGAGAUAAGAUCAACACGGGCUCCAACUAUAGAGUAUCGGACGCACGCCAGCACAAGAACACAGCGUUCACCAUCAUCAACGAGGUGCUUCCGAAGUCGAGUUCAUUCGAUAUGGCCGCUGGCAAUCGCUACUCUCCCUACCGGGAGAAGCAUCAGGCCGCCUCUUCCCGCAUCCUUUCUGCCAGCUCCGCAACGGGUGGCAUCAUGCCGGUACAUCCCGGUUUCUACGGUUACGCUUACGUCGGCGGCGAAUCCGGACCGGAAGAUGGUGGUGGUUCCUCGAUUGUCAGCGCACCACUCGGUGCUGGGCGGCGUCGGUUAAGCCACUCCGAUCUCUCCCUGGCUUCGGCCGCCGGUCGUCGUCCACCGAAAUCGAAAACAUCACUGUCGAUCCCCUCGAAACAUCCGGGCCGCCGGCAACGCGGUGUACUGGAGGUGCUUCACAAAAAGUCGACAAGUGGCCAGCCAGGGCCGCACAGUGCCAAAGUGACAAUCACGCAACCGUCGGAGGAUGGGCGCGGUUCGGCAACACCAACACCGAGCGAAACGCUUUCCACCGGUACGACGACCGACACCGAGCAGCAGCAACGGAUGGUGCUGAUCCCGGAGCAUCAGCUGCGCAACCUGAAGCUAUUCGGUUACAAACCAUUCUCGAGCCGACCGCCACCACUGUCCCCGGUACCGGAUAAGGGUUCGAUGGAGAGCUCGCAGGCUGAUCUGAAGGCUGACGGAAGCGCCAGUAGCGCUGGUCGUGGGAAGAAGGACGACAAGAGCACCCUCCGGGCACCGGUGUUUAACAUUCGUGGGUUACUGUUAUCACCGAGGCGUGCCAGCAAGAGUAAAGAGGCUACUGCCAGCUCACCGGUACCGGGAGACAAGCAACAGGGGGCUGGGGAGACCAUCAAGGAGGAAGCGGUGGCUCCAGCAGCUCCCCCAGCCGGUUCACCACCGAAAAAGCGUCGCUUCAACCUUGCUCGUGCCAUCAUCGACAGUGCUCGGCGAGGUUUAGAGACGGAACCACCGGAAAAGCAACCUCCAGCAAUGCAACCACCAGCGCAGCAGCAACAGAAAGGAAUUCUUAAAGAGAAAGAAGAAACGGAAGGUGGUGAUGGUGAGAAACGGAAAGCUCUGCGCAUGAAGCUGGGCAUCGUUCGAUCGGGCGUACGCAAAGACUCCGAGGGGAACGGAGUGAAAGAGAAAAAGAAAGGCAAAGGCACGGCCAAGGGCUCGAAAGGGACGGCGGGGGGAAAGAAGGAUGUAAAAAAGAAAACAACUCCAUUGACCGCACGCCGGGGUCUGAAGAGUGGCCAACGGCGUGAUGAGAACCGGUACGAUGACGAUGAUUACUACGAUCCGUACGAAGAUCACGACCGGGGGAAGAAAGGCAAACGGAAAAGCGGCACCGGAGGUGGUGGUGGUGGAAUGUUAAAGAGUGCCCUCAGCUAUGCGGCCAGCUUCCGAUCGAAAAGUA